GAACGCAUGAAUUUAGUCCAGUUAUGGUUAUAAAUAUUUGAAUUGACACCAGUAAUCAAAUUGGGAGAAUUUUCAGUGAAAAAUCAUACAUUUUCAAAUAAUAUGAAUAAUAUAUUGGUAUCAAGAGUUGGCAAUGUUCCGACUCAUCGUAAAUCGGUUACUUUGACUCCUCGAUGUCAAACGAUUUCCAAGUACAUUAAACAAUCAUCGGUGAAGGAAGCCACACCAAAUCAAUUGAUGAAUAGCUCAUUGCGAAUUGCCAAACCGAAGAUGCAAGAAAUUUACGACAAUUUGCCAAUCAGCUCGCACAAAACCGUUAAUCCAUCGCCACCAAUUACUUCAACAAAUGUGGUUCGACCUUUUGAAGUUCUGGUCAGACGAAAGGCUCGAAAGUCAAUCUCAAAUGCACUGAACUUCAUUCCAACCAAAAGAAUUCCAAUCGUACCAUCACCACGGGUUGAAGUCAAGCAAAAAACGAAAUCGUUCUUGAAAAGCGAUGUGAUGGUUAGAGAGAUAAAAUCGCAAAUGGUGGUAGACGAUUCAAGCUCCAUGCUUGCGAUUCAAAAUGCCAUGAUCGAGCAGAGCACGUAUCAAAUGACCGAAUGUAUUCGUUCAUCGUUGCGAUCAACAAUGAUGAACUUUCACGACAUUCCAGUGGAUUCAAAUCAAAUGUUGCAGGAAGAGGUCAAUCAGUUACGCAUAAAGAACGAUUUAUUGACUCGGGAGAAUCGCAAUAUGAAGAACGAUUUGGAUCAACACAAUGAAUGUAUUGUGCGUAACACUGAUUCGAUGGCACAGAUUAGCAGUCUGAAGGAAAUGGUCGAUCAAAUCAAAGCCGAAAAUGAACAGUUGAAGCGAACUUUGAGAAUAAGCGAGCUAAGGAGAAAGAAACAAUGGUGCGCCACAUGUGACAUGCCCGGCAAUCGAUACUAUUGCAGCAAACCAUGUAAAGAUUUGGCCAUCUGUUUAAACCAGAAAUAGGAAUCAUCUCAUGUCAGGAUGUCUUCUCAAUCCAUAUUAAGACCUCAUCACAUCUCACACCGGAGCACCCAAUCAAAUCGACCGAUAUCAACGACCAAAUUUCCAUUUAUUAUAAAAUAAGAAAACGAUUUUUAUUGACAAUUUUUUUACCUUUCCGCUCACACGUAGUGUGUAUUAACAGAAAAGUAUUUUAGAAUACAUUUAAUUGUACAGAAUUCAUUUCAUUGUUCCACAAGAAGAAAAUAUAAAUCAGAGAUUUCCAAGCGAAAAAAAAUCCGUA